AAACAAUUACUUUUUGCAGUAGAUUCCAAGUUUUUCGAUUGUGUUUUUAGUAUUAAAACAUGGACGAUUACGAUGAUUCUUUUGAUAUGGCUUUAGCCACAAUGGAAAUACCAACAGCACCAAAAGUACCUCGUAUGGAGCCUUCAAGUAAUCAAAUGAGAUCAACAGCAACAAAGCCCCAAACGAAAGCAACACAACAGUCUGUCUCACAAGGUGAAACAAAACCAAUUGAAGAGAAUCCAGCGGGCACAACUGUCACCACUGGGGCAAAAACUCCAGCGAAUCCACAUUGCAUUCUGGUUCAUCCCAAACAAAGAGGAAAUCCUAUCUUAAAGUCUAUACAAAAUUGCCCCCUCGAAUUUCGGGAUGAUAUCAUACCCGACUAUGUUGUGGGACGUACCACAUGCAUUUUAUAUCUUUCCCUGAAGUAUCAUACAUUAAAUCCCGAUUAUAUAUGUCAACGAUUAAAAGAGUUGGGUAAAAUGUAUGAGUUGCGGGUACUGCUAGUGCAAGUGGACACCCCAGAACCACAAGGGGCAAUCAAAAGUCUGACACGCAUCAGCCUAUUGGCAGAUCUAACGCUGAUGUUGGCCUGGAAUGCUGAGGAAGCGGGUAAAAUGAUAGAAACCUAUAAAUUGUUUGAAAAGAGGCCGCCCGACUGGAUUAUGGAAAGAGUCGACUCAAAUCCACACCAAAAGCUUUGCGCCGCCUUAACCAACAUCAAGCCAGUAAACAAAACUGAUGCUGUGACACUUUUACAAAAUUUUGGCAACUUGGAGAAUUUGAUAAACGCUAGUGAAGAUCGUUUGUCUCAAGUAAUUGGUCUGGGACCCCGCAAAGCCAAGAAGUUAUACAAAACUCUGCAAGAACCUUUUCUGGCGAAAUGAAAGUAAAUGCAAGAGGAGGUAUAUAUAAGUUGUUUUCCUAUUUAUUACAAAAAUAUAAUGAACAAAAAUCUCA